ACCUGCAAAAACCCAACCCUACCUUCCCUUUCCCUGCCCCUGCAACCCCAUUUCUCUGCCCUCCCUUUCCCCCUACCCCCUCCCCCCCCUACCCCCUCCCUCCCCCCCCCUACCCCCUCUCCUUCCCCCCUACCCCCUCUCCUUCCUCCCUACCCCCUCUCCUUCCCCCCUACCCCCUCUCCUUCCCCCCUACCCCCUCUCCUUUUCCCCUACCCCCUCUCCUUCCCCCCUACCCCCUCUCCUUCCCCCCUACCCCCUCUCCUUCCCCCUACCCCCUCUCCUUCCCCCCUACCCCCUCUCCUUCUCCCCUACCCCCUCUCCUUCCCCCCUUACCCCCUCUCACUUCCUCCCUCCCGACCCCCCGCCCCCACCCAAUCGCCCCCCCACACCCCCCCUCCCCCCCGCCCCCCUCUCCCCUCCCUCUUCAUUACCAAAACAAAGGAGAAAACAAAAGAGAGCACGAUGGUGUUUAA